UUAUGGAGAAGAAGUCGGUCUGAAAAUACAAAUAAUAGAGAUUUGCUCCGCCCAUUGCUGCUGCUGCUUGCUUGCUGUAAAGCAUCAGUUUUGUUGUCUCUUUAAUUAACACGCCAUUUAUGCUAAUUAUUAUUUUCUCUUCCUAACCCGUUGCUCGCUAUAAAUGCAAGCACUUGGAUCCAUACCCUCCUAAGUCAUUACUCUCUAUCUCUGUCUCUCUCAUCUCUCACAAAGAAAAAUGACGAUAUCUGCUUCAUUAUUGUUUGCCUCCGCCCUGAUGCUCACCGUGUGUGCUUUAGGCCCCAACACUCUUGUUUCUGCUAAACGAGUUGCUCCACGUUAUGCUUAUUCCAAAGUCGCUUCUAAGCCUUUUGAAGGAUAUCUCGCAAAUGGGAACUUCGAAGAACGGCCAAAACCAACAGCAAUGAAGAAAACGGUACUUAUAGGUCCAAAUGCACUUCCCAAAUGGACUAUCAAAGGGUUAGUGGAGUACAUCUCGGGCGGGCCUCAGCCUGGUGGAAUGUUUUAUGCCGUCGCCCACGGCGUCCAUGCCGUGAAGCUCGGCAAUGAGGCCUCCAUUUCUCAGACCAUACCGGUAAAACCAGGCGUGCUCUAUGCACUGACCUUUGGUGCGUCCAGAACCUGUGCACAAAAUGAGGUGUUGAGAGUCUCGGUGGGUACGCAGUCAGGGGACCUCCCAUUGCAGACCUUGUACAGCAGCUUCGGCGAUGAUGUUUAUGCUUGGGGUUUCGUUCCCAAAACCAAGUAUGCCACAGUUGUAUUCCACAAUCCUGGUGUUCAAGAAGAUCCGACCUGUGGUCCGUUGUUGGAUGCUGUUGCUAUUAAGGAGCUUGUCCGUCCAAUGCCUACCAGAGAUAAUCUGGUAAAGAACCAUGGCUUUGAAGAGGGUCCUCAUCGCCUGGUAAACUCGACUAAUGGUGUCUUGCUACCUCCCAAACAAGAGGAUUUCAUAUCUCCACUCCCAGGCUGGAUCAUCGAAUCACUUAAAGCGGUGAAGUUCAUCGAUUCAAAGCACUUCAAUGUCCCGGCCGGAUAUGCCGCAGUUGAGCUCGUUGCAGGGAGAGAAAGUGCUAUUGCCCAGGUUCUCAGGACCGUCCCCAACAAAACAUACAAGAUAACAUUCAUCAUCGGAGAUGCUCGGAACGGUUGCCAUGGAGAAAUGAUGGUGGAGGCAUUUGCCGCCAAACAAACCGCCAAAGUUCCCUUCACAUCUAGAGGAAAAGGUGAAUUCAAGGCUGCAAGCUUGGUGUUCAAAGCAGAUUCAGCCAGGACAAGAAUUACAUUCUACAGCUCUUACUACCACACGAAGAGCAAUGACUUUGGGUCUCUUUGCGGUCCUGUUUUGGAUGAAGUUCGGGUUUACCCUAUUGCUUAGAUGCCAAGUUUUUUUUUAUCUACAAGCGAAGGAUAUUGUAUUUUUAGCUGUUAGAAGGCUCAAUGAUCUAAAACCAUAUAUGGCGAAAUGUGUUGCCAUUGUUCGCUUUCAGGUCACGAUGAAUAUUAUAUUUAAAAAAAGGAUUUCAACA